UGAUAUUCUUUUUAUACCAAUUUAAGUUGUAAAGAGUACAAAAAUGGCACGUAUUGGGAACGUUACUGCAGAUCAAUUGAUAGCUGGUACCAGUGUAUUAUCUAGACCUGCAGACGAAUUUGAUAAUGAUCCUUCAGUAGAGGCCAUGUGGGCAAUGAAGGCCAUGGAGCAUGCUGAAGUUUAUUUUAAUAUCUUAUGUUCAGUUGAUCCUAAGUUGUUAAAACUUACCCCCCAUGAUGAACAAAUAUAUAAAACCUUCCGAGAUGUUUUCCCUGACCUUAAAGUAGAUAAAAUAAAUGAAGAUGAAUUAAAAUCAUCUGAAGGAAAAAUGAAGUGGAGACCAUUUUGUGAACAGUUUAAAGGAGUUGUAGAAGAUUAUAGUUUUGGUACACUAUUAAGAGCAGAAUGUGAGGGAGAUUACUCAGAAGAAAAUAGUAUACUCACAACUAGAAUACAGUUUUAUGCCAUUGAACUUGCCAGAAAUAAAGAAGGUUUUAAUGAUGGUAUUAGGCAAAAGUAUAAACCAAAGCAGACUACAGAAAAGUCAUGA